GUGACACGCACAGGCUCCUCCCCGCCUCCAACAUGGCGGCGCCCAGGGGCUCAGGCCGCACGUGAGGCAUAGUCCGGGCACCCCGGCAUCAGAGAGUCCAAGUGUGCGAGCUAGUUUCCACUCCCUACCAUCGACUGGAUCCCUUCGGCCUUCCAGCGCCUUCGUGGGCCGCUGCCCCUCUGCAGCCAUGAAGAUAAAGCCCGUUUCCCAUAAGACGGAGAACACGUACCGGUUUCUUACAUUUGCUGAACGAUUAGGGAAUGUGAAUAUUGAUAUUAUUCACCGGAUUGAUAGAACUUCAAGCUAUGAUGAGGAGGUUGAAACCUACUUUUUUGAAGGCCUGCUAAAAUGGAGAGAAUUGAACCUCACAGAACACUUUGGCAAAUUUUACAAAGAAGUUAUUGACAAAUGCCAAUCAUUUAAUCAGUUGGUCUAUCAUCAAAAUGAGAUAGUUCAGAGUUUGAAGACUCACCUGCAAAUUAAGAACAGUUUUGCCUAUCAACCCCUUUUGGACUUGGUUGUGCAGUUGGCGCGAGAUCUGCAGACGGACUUCUAUCCACAUUUUCAAGAUUUUUUUCUGGCCAUCACUUCAAUCCUGGAGACUCAGGACACGGAGUUGUUAGAAUGGGCGUUUACUUCACUGUCAUAUCUUUACAAGUACCUGUGGAGGCUGAUGGUGAAGGACAUGUCCAAUAUAUACAGCAUGUACAGUACACUCCUGGCUCAUAACAAACUGCAUAUAAGAAAUUUUGCUGCUGAAAGCUUUACUUUUUUGAUGAGAAAGGUUUCUGAUAAAAAUGCGCUUUUCAAUUUAAUGUUUCUUGAUCUCGAUAAACAUCCAGAAAAGGUUGAAGGAGUUGGACAGUUGCUCUUUGAAAUGUGCAAAGGAGUUAGAAACAUGUUUCACUCUUGUACAGGCAAGGCAGUCAGGCUAAUUGUUCAAAAGCUAGGACCUGUUACAGAAACAGAAACUCAACUACCAUGGAUCUUAGUUGGAGAAACACUCAAAAACAUGGUGAAAUCCACUGCAUUCUACAUCCACAAGGAACAUUUUGGUACAUUUUUUGAAUGUUUGCAAGACUCACUCCUGGAUCUACAUACGAAAGUAACCAAAACUAACUGUUGUGAAAGUUCUGAGCAGAUUAAAAGAUUGUUGGAAACAUAUCUGAUACUUGUGAAACACGGAAGUGGAUCAAAGAUAACCAACCCUGUUGAUGUUUGUAAGGUGUUGUCUCAAACGUUGCAUGUAGCCAAUCUGUCAACUUCUUGCCGGGAGACCCUCUUGGCUGUAAUUUCUGCUUUGAUCCUAGGAGAGAAUGUUUCCUUGCCAGAGACCCUCAUCAAAGAAACCAUAGAAAAGACUUUUGAGAGCGGAUCUGAAAGACAUUUAAUUUUGGAUUUUUCUGAAGUCAUGUUUGCUAUGGAGCAGUUUGAGCAGCUUUUUCUACCAAGCUUUCUCUCAUAUAUUGAAAAUUGCUUCUUGAUUGAUGAUGUUACGGUCAAAGAUGAAGCUCUGGCCACUUUGGCCAAACUCAUUCUGAACAAAGCACCACCUCCCACUGCUGGUUCGAUGGCCAUUGAAAAGUACCCUCUGGUUUUCUCACAGCAGACAGUAGGAUCCUAUUUAAAGCAGACUAGAUCCAAGGGAGAGAAGGAACAGAGUCCAGUACUGGAUCAUCUCUUAUCUAUAAUUCAGUUACCUCCAAAUGAAGAUGCGACUUACCUUUCACAUUCUUGGGCAGCCCUGGUAGUGUUACCUCAUAUUAGACCUCUUGAGAAAGAGAAGGUGAUACAACUAGUCACGUGCCUUAUAGAGUCACUCUUCAUGACUGUUGACAGAGGGAGCUUUGGAAAAGGAAACUUAUUUGUUCUUUGUCAAGCCGUAAAUACUCUGCUGAGUUUGGAAGAAUCCUCUGAACUUCUUCAUUUGGUUCCUGUGGAACGUGUGAAGAAUUUAAUAUUAACGUUUCCUUUGGAGCCAUCUGUGUUGCUGUUGGCCGAUCUCUAUUAUCAGAGAUUAUCCUUAUGUGGCUGCAAAGAACCGCUUUCCCAGGAAGCUUUAAUGGAGUUAUACUCGAAGUUACAAGCUAACAUUUCAACUGGUGUAUCCAAGAUUCGGCUUCUGACAAUAAGGAUUCUAAACCACUUUGAGGUUCGGCUUCCAGAAUUGAUGGAGGAUGACGGGCUCUCGGAGCGCCAGUCGGCCUUUGCUAUACUACGCCAGGCAGAACUCAUCCCAGCAACCGUGAGUGACUACAGAGAGAAGCUGCUUCAUUUAAGGAAACUAAGACAUGACGUGGUGCAGACUGCCGUCCCCGAUGGGCCUUUGCAGGAGGUGCCACUUCGUUACCUAUUAGGCAUGUUAUAUGUUAACUUCAGUCCUCUCUGGGAUCCUGUCAUUGAACUCAUAAGCUCUCACGCACAUGAAAUGGAAAAUAAGCAAUUUUGGAAAGUCUACUAUGAACAUCUAGAGAAAGCAGCUACACAUGCUGAGAAAGAGUUGCAAAAUUAUGAACGAGAUGAAGAGAAGUCCAUUGGAGACGAAAGUUGGGAGCAGACCCAGGAAGGAAAUAUUGGAGCCCUUUAUCAUACGCAGUUAGCAUUGAAAACUGACUGUCGGGAAAGACUGGACCACACCAACUUUCGAUUUUUGCUCUGGCGCGCUCUGACAAAAUUCCCAGAGAGAGUAGAGCCACGGUCCAGGGAGCUCUCUCCGCUUUUUUUGAGAUUUAUCAACAAUGAGUAUUACCCAGCGGAUCUGCAAGUCGCGCCAACCCAAGAUCUGCAAAGAAAAGGCAAAAGGGUGGUGGCAGAGGAAACGGAAGAAGAACCAACAGCCGGAGAUGAUGAGGAGUUGGAAGAAGAGGAGGUGCCCCAAGACGAACCCACACAGAAAAGAAAGACAAGAAGAGCUGCAGCAAAGCAGUUAAUUGCUCAUUUACAAGUUUUCUCAAAGUUUUCAAAUCCACGGGCCUUGUAUCUGGAAUCCAAAUUAUAUGACCUCUAUCUUCAGUUGUUGCUACACCAAGAUCAAACAGUACAAAAAAUAACCCUGGAUUGCAUAAUGACAUAUAAGCAUCCACACAUCCUCCCUUAUAGGGAAAACUUGCAAAGAUUGCUUGAAGACAGAAGCUUUAAGGAAGAAAUAGUGCAUUUUAGCAUUUCAGAAGACAAUACGAUAGUGAAAACAGCCCACCGAGCAGAUCUGUUUCCUGUUUUGAUGAGGAUUUUGUAUGGACGAAUGAAGAACAAGACAGGGACUAAAACUCAGGGGAAAUCUGCUUCAGGCACCCGCAUGUCCAUUGUUCUGAGGUUCCUCGCAGGGACCCAGCCUGAGGAGAUCCAGAUAUUCUUAGACCUGCUGUUUGAACCUGUGAAGCACUUCAAGAAUGGAGAGUGCCAUUCUGCAGUCAUUCGAGCAGUAGAAGAUUUGGAUUUAUCGAAAGUUCUUCCUUUGGGUCGUCAGCAUGGUAUCUUAAAUAGCCUUGAAAUAGUACUGAAGGACAUCAGUCAUCUGAUCAGUGCAUACUUACCGAAGAUUUUGCAGAUAUUGCUCUGUAUGACAGCAACUGUAUCUCACAUCCUUGACCAACGAGAAAAGAUACAACUGAGGUUUAUUAACCCACUGAAAAAUUUAAGACGUCUUGGAAUCAAAAUGAUAACUGAUAUCUUUUUGGAUUGGGAAUCAUAUCAGUUCAGAACAGAAGAAAUUGAUGCCGUGUUUCAUGGUGCAGUUUGGCCCCAGAUCAGCAGGCUUGGAUCUGAAAGUCAGUAUUCUCCUACUCCUCUGCUGAAGCUAAUUAGUAUCUGGAGCAGAAAUGCAAGAUAUUUCCCUUUCCUGGCUAAACAGAAACCUGGGCACCCAGAGUGUGAUAUUUUGACCAAUGUUUUUGCAAUUCUCUCAGCAAAGAAUCUCUCAGAAGCCACAGCCAAUAUUGUGAUGGAAAUAGCCAAUGACCUUCUGACCCUUCCAGAUUUUGAGCCCACAGAAACCGUUUUGAGCUUGCCAGUAACAGGCUGUGAAUACACUGAGGUAGCAGAAAAUGCAGAUGAGUCUAUUACGAUAGGAGGAAGAUUAAUUCUACCUCAUGUACCUGUAAUUCUUCAGUAUCUCAGCAAAACCACAAUAAGUGCAGAAAAGGUGAAAAAGAAAAAGAAUAGGGCACAAGUCAGCAAGGAACUUGGCAUUCUUUCAAAGAUCAGCAAGUUUAUGAAAGACAAAGAACAGAGUUCUUUACUCAUUACACUACUCCUUCCUUUCCUCCACCGUGCCAAUAUUCCUCAGGAGACAGAGGUCGAUAUUCUGAUGACAGUACAAAACUUGUUAAAACAUUGCUUGGACCCUACAAGCUUCCUCAAGCCUCUAGCAAGAUUAUUCUCAGUUAUUAAGAACAAGUUGUCGAGACAGUUGCUUUGUGCAGUCUUCCAGAAUCUUUCCAAUUUUGAGAGUGGAUUAAAGUAUAUUACUGAUGUUGUCAAGCUUAAUGCCUUUGACCAAAGACAUCUCGAUGAUAUCAACUUUGAUGUUCGCCUCUCAACGUUCCAGACCAUCACGUCUUAUGUUAAAGAAAUGCAAACUGUGGAUGUUAAUUACCUAAUUCCAGUUAUGCAUAACUGCUUCUAUAAUCUGGAGUUAGGAGACAUGUCUUUAAGUGAUAACGCCAGUGUGUGCUUGAUGAGUAUCAUCAAAAGGCUAGCUGCCUUGAACUUCACAGAGAAAGAAUAUCGAGAAAUCAUUCAUCGUUCACUCCUGGAGAAAUUGAGAAAAGGAUUGAAGAGCCAGACAGAGAGUGUUCAACAGGAUUAUACCACUCUGCUUUCCUGUUUAAUUCAAACCUUUCCCGAUCAACCGGAAUUUAAGGACUUGGUACAGCUGACUGAUUACCAUGACCCAGAAAUGGACUUCUUUGAGAACAUGAAGCACAUUCAGAUUCACAGAAGAGCACGAGCCCUGAAGAAACUGGCAAAACAAUUAAUAGAAGGCAAAAUUGCGCUGUCUUCUAAAUCUCUUCAGAAUUACGUCAUGCCUUACGCCAUGACUCCAGUUUUUGAUGAGAAGAUGCUCAAGCAUGAAAACAUAACUAUUGCUGCCACAGAGGUUAUUGGAGCUGUAUGUAAACAUCUCUCUUGGUCAGCAUAUAUUUAUUACUUGAAACAUUUCAUUCAUGUUUUACAUACAGGACAGAUCAAUCAAAAGUUGGGUGUCAGUUUGCUAGUAAUAGUGUUAGAAGCAUUCCACUUUGACCACAAAACUCUUGAGGAACAAAUGGGGAAAAUUCAGAAUGAAGAAAACACCAUAGAAAUGAUUGAGAUACCAGAGCAUGAAGCCAUGGAGUUAGAAGAAGAAGGAAAGGAUGGAGAAGAGAAGGAAAAUAGAUGUCAGAGUCCGUCAGACAACAACGAGGAACUGAGAAACCCUGAUGCAGCUGAUUCUGAAGAGAUGUCAGCUAAGGAAUCCAAGUGUAUCACAAAGUCAGUCUCCUUCCUUCCUCAGAAUAAGGAAGAAUUAGAAAGAACAAUUAAAAAUAUCCAAGGAACCAUAACUGGGGAUAUCCUACCCAAGCUACAUAAAUGCCUUGCAUCUACGACUAAGAGGGAAGAAGAACACAAGCUUAUAAAGUCAAAGGUUGUGAACGAUGAGGAAGUGGUUCGCGUUCCCCUAGCUUUUGCCAUGGUUAAACUAAUGCAGUCCCUGCCACGAGAAGUGAUGGAAGCGAAUCUGCCAAGUAUUUUGCUGAAAGUGUGUGCCCUUCUCAAGAAUAGAGCACAGGAGAUCAGGGACAUUGCACGCAAUACUCUUGCAAAAAUAAUAGAGGAUCUGGGUGUGCACUACCUACAAUAUAUUUUAAAGGAAUUACAGACUACACUUGUCCGUGGCUAUCAGGUCCAUGUGCUAACUUUUACUGUUUGCAUGUUGCUGCAAGGCCUCACUAACAAGCUACAAGUUGGGGAUUUGGACUCCUGUUUAGAUAUAAUGAUUGAGAUUUUUAACCAUGAGUUGUUUGGUGCCAUUGCUGAAGAAAAAGAAGUAAAGCAGAUCCUCUCCAAAAUCAUGGAGGCACGAAGAAGCAAGAGUUAUGAUUCUUAUGAAAUCCUGGGCAAGUUUGUAGGAAAAAAUCAGGUUACAAAACUUAUCCUUCCAUUAAAAGAGAUCUUACAAAACACCACGAGUUUAAAACUGGCCCGGAAAGUUCAUGAAACCUUACGCCGAAUCAUAGCAGGAUUAAUUGUGAAUCAGAAAAUGACAGCAGAAUCCAUCCUAUUGCUCAGUUAUGGUUUGGUCAGUGAAAACCUACCCCUGUUAACUGAGAAAGAAAAAAAUCCGGCAGCCCCUGCACCAGAUCCACGUCUACCGCCCCAGAGCUGUCUUCUGCUCCCCCCAGCUCCAGUGCGAGGUGGACAGAAAGCCCUCGUGAGCAAGAAAACCAACAUGCACAUAUUUAUUGAGUCUGGGCUUCGGCUGCUGCAUCUGAGUCUGAAAAAUUCCAAGAUCAAGUCUUCAAGUGAGCAUGUUUUGGAAAUGUUGGAUCCUUUUGUGUCUCUCCUCAUAGACUGCCUGGGUUCCAUGGAUGUGAAGGUGAUCACAGGCACUUUACAAUGCCUCAUCUGGGUCUUGAGGUUCCCCCUACCUUCCAUAGAAACAAAAGCAGAACAGCUGACGAAACACCUGUUCCUUUUGCUGAAGGACUAUGCAAAACUGGGGGCUGCCAAGGGCCAGAACUUCCACCUGGUGGUAAAUUGUUUCAAGUGUGUGACUAUACUUGUGAAGAAAGUGAAGUCUUACCAGAUAACCGAAAAACAGCUGCAAGUCCUACUGGCAUACGCGGAGGAGGACAUCUAUGAUACCUCAAGACAAGCAACUGCGUUUGGUCUUCUCAAGGCCAUUUUAUCAAGAAAGUUGUUGGUUCCGGAAGUAGAUGACAUCAUGCGGAAAGUAUCCAAGUUGGCGAUUUCGGGACAAAGUGAACCUGUCAGAGUCCAGUGCAGACAGGUUUUCCUGAAAUACAUUCUUGACUAUCCCCUUGGUGACAAAUUGAGACCAAACUUGGAAUUCAUGCUCGCUCAACUGAAUUAUGAACACGAGACCGGGAGAGAGUCUGCCUUGGAAAUGAUCACCUAUCUCUUUGACACGUUCCCUCAGGGACUGCUCCACGAGAACUGCGGGAUGUUCUUUAUUCCUCUUUGUCUAAUGAUGGUGAAUGAUGCCUCUGCCACAUGCAAAAAGAUGGCAGCCAUGACCAUCAAGUCCUUACUCAGUAAAAUCAACCUUGAGAAAAAAGAUUGGCUGUUUGAUAUGGUUACCACCUGGUUUAGUGCGAAAAAGAGCUUAAACAGACAGCUGGCCGCCCUGAUCUGUGGUUUAUUCGUGGAGAGUGAAGGGAUUGCUUUUGAGAGGAGACUUGGAACUGUUCUUCCUGUGAUUGAAAAGGAAAUUGAUCCUGAGACUUUUAACGAUAUAGUGGAAGAGACUGAAGAAAAAGCUGCAGAUCGCCUUCUGUUUACUUUUCUUACACUGAUAAGUAAACUCAUCAAGGAAUGUAAUAUUAUUCAUCUUACCAAGCCCUCUGAGAUUUUGAGUAAAAUCUGGAGUCACAUACACACUCACCUGAGGCAUCCACACAACUGGGUGUGGCUCACUGCAGCCCAGAUUUUUGGACUGCUGUUUGCCUCUUGCCAACCAGAAGAGCUUGUUAGAAAAUGGAAAGCCAAAAAGACUAAAAAGAGACUCCCAGAACCUGUAGCAGUCAGGUUCCUAACAAGUGACCUUGACCAAAAGAUGAAAAGUAUCUCUUUAGCUUCUUGCCAUCAGUUGCAUUCCAAAUUCCUGGAUCCGUCUCUAGGAGAGCAGGUUGUUAAGAAUUUGUUGUUUGUAGCCAAAGUCUUGUAUUUACUGGUACCUGAUUCUGAGGAUAAGCAAGAUGAGACAAAAGAAGACAGGGAAGAACAAGGAGCUUUAGGAGAUGGUCUGGCUAAAGAGGAGACAGAAGGACAUGAGGCCUGUGCCGAUGAGAAAGUGGAGCCUGACAAAGAAGAGAAGGAAGAGGCGAAGGAGGAGCCCAGCAAGCCAGCCACACUGCUCUGGUUGAUCCUGAAGUUGUCCCGGAUGGCAAAACUGGAAGCUGCUUAUUCACCUAGAAACCCCUUAAAGAGAACAUGCAUCUUGAAGUUUCUUGGCGCAGUAGCCAUGGAUCUGGGAGUGGACAGGGUGAAGCCGUAUCUCCCAGUGAUCAUAGCACCUUUGUUUCGAGAGCUGAAUAGCACCUAUUCAGAGCAAGAUCCUUUGCUGAAGAAUCUGUCCCAGGAAAUCAUAGAAUUACUCAAAAAGCUGGUUGGCCUUGAGAGCUUCUCAUUAGCCUUUGCCUCUGUGCAGAAACAGGCAAAUCAGAAAAGGGCACUCCGGAAAAAGAGAAGGGCUCUGGAGUUUGUCACUAAUCCUGAUAUUGCUGCCAAGAAAAAACUGAAGAGGCAUAAAAAUAAAAGUGAAGCAAAGAAGAGAAAAAUAGAGUUCCUGCGUCCAGGCUAUAAGGCCAAGAGGCAAAAAAGCCACAGCCUGAAAGAUUUGGCAAUGGUGGAGUGAGGUGCAUCCUGAGCUGCCAGCCAAGCUGGGAUUCACACCUACUCUCCCGACUGGCCCUAAAGCACAAACUUUCUGGUGUUUUCUGCUGGUUUGAAAUCACAUCCAGUUUUUAUCAGUUAUAUAUAUUUAAGUUAAACUUUGGCAUAGAUUGUAUAAUAUAGUUUAAUAUGAUCAUGCUCAUAAUUUUUUAAAUUAAACAUGCUUUAAAAACAUUUCAUAGUAAU